AUGGCCAAUCAACCUCAUUUUGUAGAACCGAUUGUUCAACCACCAUUCCAACAAUUGUCGAUGCAUGGUCAUCGAUCAUUUGGUGAAGGGUCAAGUAGUCAAAUGCAUAUUGAUAAUAGUCACAGAGAUUAUGAGGUCAGAGAUAAUGAGACCAACGUUGAUCUAUAUAAUGAUGUAAAUGCUGAAAUUAGUGAUGAAAGUUCGGAGGAAGAUGAACCUCCAAAAGAUGGUGAUGAAAGUGAACCUGAUGAAGAUAUCGAUGAUAUUAGAGAUUUUUCUCAGAAUGGUGUAAAUCUUCAUAAUCAUAAACAAGGCGUGUCUGAAAUACAAAAUCAUGACAUACCCUAUUUCAGGACAUUAGAGAAUGAGGAGGACAUUUUCAUGUCUACAUGUGAAUCUGAGAUGGAAUAUUGUUCAGUUUGGUCUGAGGAAGCAAAAAAGGAUUUGAAAAAAGGUAUGUUUUUUAGUAGUAAAGAAGAAUUGAAACGGGCGGUAACAAUUUGGAGUUUGCACAAAAAUAAGGAGUUCAAGGUGGUAACAUCUACGAAGAGUGUAUGGGUUGUGAGAUGUAAGUUUUAUAGUUUAUUGGGUUGCUUGUGGUUUCUUCGAGGUCGAAAAGUUGGAGAUAACCUUUGGAAGAUAGGAAAAUAUGUUGAAAAUCAUAGAUGUGAGACUGAAGGGCUUUCUAGUGGUCACGCCAAUCUAAAUACCAAUUUGAUUGCAUCACUGUUUCUAAAUCAAAUUAGAAAAAAUCCUAAGUACUUGGUGGUAGAUGUUAUUUCAAAGGUUCAUGAAAAAUUUGGUCAUCAAGUGACAUACAGAAAAGCGUGGCUUGGACGUCAACGCGCAUUUGAAUUGGUGUAUGGUGACUUUGAGAAAUCAUUUAGUGACCUACCUAAAUUUUUUGCAGCUUUUCAACAAUUUAACCAUGGAACAGUUGUGGAAUGGAAACACGAAGAGUCUAUGAGUUCAUCAGAGGUAAAAACUUUUAAAUUUGUAUUUUGGGCUUUCAAGCCAUGCAUAGAUGGAUUCCAAACAUGUCGCCCUGUUAUUUCAGUAGAUGGAACUCAUAUUUAUGGAAAGUAUGAGAUCAAAUUAUUAAUUGCUGUCGGAAUUGAUGGAAAUGAAAAUAUUCUUCCUUUAGCGUUUGCUAUUGUAGACAAAGAGUCAAAAGAGGCAUGGAAGUGGUUUUUUAGAAAUUUGAGUGCACAUGUGAUAAAAAGUAGACAAGAUGUAUGUGUUAUAUCUGAUAGGGCAAAAGAAAUCUUGACUAGUUUGCAGGAGUUGCGGCGAUUUCAAGAGCCUCGAGCCUUCCAUCGAUUUUGCAUAAGGCAUCUGAAGAGCAACUUUCAAUCUAAAUUUCCAAACAAGGACCUCAGCAGAUUGAUGUGGAGGGCUGCUUCAGCCCAUCAAGUAAGGAAGUUUGAAUCCUUGAUGGGGCAAAUUAGAGAAGAAAAUGUCGAAGCACAUGAAUACCUCAUGGAAAUUCCCUUGGACAAAUGGACCGUUAGCCAAGAUGGUGGAAAAAGAUGGGGAGUGUUGACAACAAAUCUUUCAGAGUCGUUCAAUGGAGUGUUGAAAAAAGCACGAGAUUUGCCUGUCACUGCUAUGGUUAGACUUUCAUUGGAGCAAACUAUUGAACGGGGUAGAUCUAUACAGGUUGAUGGUACUGGUGGUAAUCCUCAUUGUGUUUCACUGAAUGAAGGAAAAUGUGAUUGUGGAAAAUGGGUUAAUUUGGACUUCCCAUGUUCACAUGUCAUGAAGCUAACUGAUAGAAUGGGGGGGCUAGCUAGAAAUUUUGUUAGCGAGCAUUUCACAAUAGAGAAUUAUGUUGCAACAUAUUUUGGGUCAUUCUCACCAAUUGGUCAUGAGGCAUAUUGGCCAUCUCCAAGUUUUACAAUGAGAAGUAAUGAAUUCUAUCGUCGUCCUAAUCGGCCAAGGACAACUAGAAUACCUAAUGAAAUGGAUCGUGGUUCUAUAGUGUAUGAGCGACCUUGUGGAUUAUGUAGGCAGACUGGACAUGAUAGGCGUCGAUGUCCCAAUCGUAAUUAA